AUGGCUAUCUCAAAGAACUUACCAUUAUUAAAGAACCAUUUCAGAAAGCACUGGCAAGAAAGAGUCAAGGUUCACUUUGACCAAGCUGGUAAAAAGGCUUCUAGAAGACAAGCUAGAUUAUCUAAAGCUGCUCAAAUUGCUCCAAAACCAAUCGAUAGUUUAAGACCAGUGGUUAGAGCUCCAACCAUUAGAUAUAACAGAAAAGUUAGAGCUGGUAGAGGUUUCACUUUAGCUGAAUUAAAAGCUGUUGGUUUAACUGCCAAAUAUGCUAGAACCAUUGGUAUUUCUGUUGAUCAUAGAAGACAAAAUAAAGCUCAAGAAACUUUUGAUUCAAAUGUUGCUAGAUUACAAGAAUAUAAAUCUAAAUUAGUAUUAUUAGAUACCAAAUCUAAAGAUUCUUUUGCUCAAGUUUCAACUGCUGCUACUUUCCCUGUUGUUCAACCUGCUCCAGAAUCAGCUCCAAGAGCUGUUGUUGUUCCAGAACAAUCUGCUUAUAGAACUUUAAGAUUAGCUAGAUCUGAAAAGAGAUAUAAAGGUACUAGAGAAAAACGUGCUAAAGAAUUAGCUGAAGCUGAAGCUGAAAAGAAGAAAUAA